AUGCGACAAUACCUUGCCGAGCAAACAGGAAUGACAUGCAGGGCCGUGCAGAUCUGGUUUCAAAACAAAAGACAGACAGAACGACGACUAUCAGGUGCUAACCUCGUUGGAAAGUCGGGUUCUACUUUUAUAGGCACAUUGCAACCCCAUACUGUAUCCAGUACAUCCAUUGCAAGCCAUACUUCAUUAGCUGUUUCAACUGACUCUGCACCUACAGGGUCCACCAGCGCAUCGUCAAUGACUGGUACCUCGCUUGCCUCUCCUUUUUCGUCAUCAACAUUGAUUCAGCCUACCUUUUACCAAGCAUCUGGCAUAUAUGAAAAUGCUGCUAAUUACAAUAACAGUAAUAGUACUAAUUAUCACCAGCAUUAUCACAGCCCUACUAAAGAAGUGGCCGACUUUAACAAUGCUAUGGGAUCGUUCCGCACUUCAGACCCCUUCGGCUCGAGAGCUGCUGUUGCGCCGCAGAUAGGUUAUUCGUUUGGGUACCACGCACACAGUCCAAGUCGCGGAGAAGUUACAGCCCAAUUGGAUUCAUGGCAGCGCUUGUUACCAGGCGAUGACAAUUUUGAACAUACUCGGCCAAGUAUUCAUGACAAAAUGGUCGAAUCUAGCAUGUACCAUGCUCACCCAGAUCAAGAUACUCAUGCAGGACAAUCUGCUAGCACAUUGGCUUCUGGCUCGUUUUCUCAUCACCAUCGGACUCCUUCUCAAGCUGCUAUAUCUAGUCCCAUUGCGUUGCGGCCUUCGGUUGCGCUACAGCAGCGACCACCCUUUAGACUUCCCGUUCCCGCCGCCCUCAAAACUUACCAACAUGUUUCGGAUCUACAUAGCCAAGCAAACUUAUCGCCUCACAUCCAAUCAGCAUCCAUCUCCAAAUCUUUUCCCAGUGAUAGCGGAUCCCAUUUAAUGAGAUGGCCAUCUUCAUCUGCCAUGCUGACAUCGCCCAUAUUGCCGCCAUUACGCUCUAAUUCCGAAGCUUCUGGUGCGCUCGAUGGCUUGCAUCAUUACCCUUCUAUGAAUACUUUGAAAAUAAGCCCUCACUCGCCGCCUUCCUUUGAUAGACCUUCACUUUCAAGCCAAUCCAUGACGUGUCGAUACGCAGACAAUACUAUCAAUGCUGCACUUCCUGCGUUGGCUGCUUCUGCCGAGCCAGAUUCGAUGCCUUUAUCCAACAGCUACACUCCGCCUCUGUCUGCAACCAUAAUUUCAACCCCACCUUACCAAGUCAUUUCUUCUGUCAAACCUGAGCUAGCACCACCAUCCCUGAUGGAUCAGUCUCCACUGCCAACCUCGACAUCCACAAUCCUAAAUACUCCCGUGAGUCCAGCAACAUUUGAUCGACCCUUACCACUGGAUUAUACCACAACACUUCCCAGAUGCACCUCUAACAAUCUAUCCUACAGUGUUGAGGAGGUGGCUAUCCAGGCCUUGAUGGGACUAAAGCAUUCGAGCAGAAAGGGAUCUGUUUCGAACCUUUAA